GUGAGGGAGUGUGAUUUCCAUACGUGCGACGGGAACUUCCCGCUGGCGGCCACAAGCUCGGAAACGAGUCACCACCGAUCAAUAAGUAGAGGUGGACUGUUGUGUAUGUCGGCGCUACGUAGCGCUCCGCUGGCUUAGCGGGGCUCAUUCGCGAGACGUUCGCGCGUGGAUCAUGCCCCGGUAAUUUCCCCGCUGUCCCCGAAACACCGUGUGCGUCCGCGGCUCCUCGUCCGUCGGAAAUUAACGGCAAUGGCAUCGCUGGAGGACAGCUGGAAGGAAGCUACGGAGGGCUUGGACGCCGCGGUCUGCGACUCCUGGUUCACGCGCCUGCAGGAAGUCUACUCGGAGGAAAAACGCACGUACCACAAUCUGGACUCGCUCAGAGAGAAGCUGAAUCACUACUACGAAAUCAAAAACAAUCUCAAAAACCCGCGAGCUGUUCUGCUCGCCAUAUUCUUUCAAAACUUCGAGUACGAUCCUAAAGCUUUAGUCUUUAGCGAAGACAAAAAUCUCGAGCACUUCAAUGCUUUUGCAGACGAGGCCGAAAUUCCGUCGGACGCGGAGCUCAGGGAAGAGACUUGUGCUUUGCUCAAAGUAGCGGCGACCCACAGCACCGAGGCACAUAAGGUGGGCGGUGCCUUCGGCAGUGAAGACGCACACUACUUCCUGGACCUGGACAUGGCGGUACUCGGCUCCUCUCCGGAAAGUUACGCCGAGUACAGGGAGCGAAUACGUGGGGAAUAUUCUUUCCUCAGCGAGCCCAUGUACACGGCUCUACGGCUAAAAGUGUUGCAGAACUUCCUGCAGAUUCCGAACAUCUUCGCCACCGUGGAGUUUCGCGACAAGCUGGAGGAGCAGGCACGCCAGAACAUUCAAGCGGAAGUGGAGAUGCUGUCUUAGAGCUUCAUCGCUUUGCUUCACAUAGGCUGCUUUCCUUUUAGAGAACACACUCGACACAAGCGUCGUUCUAUUCUCCUUGGCAUUAAAUGAAUGACAAUGAUAGAACGAUAUUUAAUUGUGUUGACUGUGUCGCUCAAAAAGAAAGCAGUAGGUACGUCAUAAUCUCGAGGGUUCGCGCUUUACGCGCUCGACACCCUCGAGGACGAUCCAGCAGCCGCCCUUACCGGAAACUCUCAUCAAAAGGCCAACGGUGCAAAAAGUUUUAGACGCCUACCUCACGAGGAUGCAUCCAUCGCCGGUUCUGCAGAAACGCGAAAGAAUUAUUGAAUGCAAAUCUUUUCGGACCGAGGCAGAAGUAGGAUAUUAAAAUUGUUCGCUUUUAAGUUUUUAAGAGCUUAUGUGAUCAUUUACGCACAAUUGUUAAACACUGCGUUCUGCGUAAACAUUUCCAGUUUAUUUAUCGGAAAUCUUAGGUACUUCAAUCUAACAAGUAAAUUUACUUGAAGAUUGACGACGUUUUAAUUAACGAAUACUUGCAAUUGCAAGUAAUUUUAUAAGUAUUCACGUAAUGUAGGCGAAAGAAAGAUGAUUACAAAGAUUAUAGAUUAUAAUUAAUGAAUGAAUAAGUAAUGAAUAUAUGUACAUACGUGUAUUAUUUCUAAAGCUAGUGAUAUUUUAGUUCAAUAAUUAUUCGAAACUGUGUCUUUCUCUUGUGAUCUUGCACGUUGAAAUUUGGAAAAUAACGACCGGUUCGUCGUGUCACUUUAGGAUUUGUGAAUGGAAUUGACGUAUCGAUAAAUGUAAUACCAGUAUAUUUUAGAGAGCGUAUUUUCACCGCACUAUUAUAAGCGAUAACGGAUCAAAAAAUGGCGUAAAAUCAAAAGGAACGCUUCACACGAUCCUCUAGAAUGUAUUUUCAUGUUUGCGUCCUUGAGGAUCGAUCUCUCGAAACGAUGGAACGUUAUUAGAGUUCGUUGGAAAUGUCUGUAAAUCUAUGGAGGUUUCAAGAGAAUCCGAGAAGCUUUUCACAUCGCGUCCACAAAUCCUUUUUGAAGCAAGCUUAUAUAUAUUCCCGCGACUUUGGCAACGCAUUUCUGGCAUGCAUUUUACGCAAAAAUUUUGAGAUGUUAGUAGGAAGAAAAGGAAUUGUUAAACGAUAAUGAAAACGCGACGUUUUCCGAGGCUCGUGAUCGAGAAAAUUGCGCUGGUGGAAAUAUAUUACAAAUAUUAAAUAUAAUGUACAAUUAAAUAAAGACAAUUAUUAAAUACGUCUGUCUGUAAUGUAACAUUGUAUCCUUAUAAUAAAAUAUAAAGUU